AACAACACGUCUAUUCUACGAGUACGAUUUGGUGUGCUCUCCACACAGACAGGGCCAAGCCGUCCCCUUUGCUUCGAACGGCACCUUCUCGCAUCUCGUACUCUUACUACAACUCUACGAGGCAGCGCUCUCCUCGAGGUCCCAUGUCCGACAAUGUGGAAACCGCGACUUCAGGGGAUCGGUCCAGCCGCGGGAUCGGCCGGAGGCGCUGUGCUAUGCACGGUAUUGACUCAACACCUGUCCUCCAGACAAUCCGAGGUCUGCUCCGAGACGCUCUGCUGGAUGAUGCUGCCGGUCCUGUUCACGGUUGCAAGACGUUGGGAUAUCAGCACAGUCUCGAGAGCGACUCUUUCUAGCGACCCUGGAUCUCACGCUGCAUCCUCAACAUCAUUAUGGCUAGUUGCGGCAGGAAUUGCUACCGCCUGUUGCUAUAAAGCCGAGAUGGGCAUGAUUGGAUUUCUUCCAGCGUUGACUCCGCUUCUUCUGGUAGCUGAGAAGCAUCUUCGGCCCGAGUUGCAAGGUCCGAGAAUGUUUGAUCCUCCCUGGCUCUUCUCCCCUCUCGUCAACACGGUCUGGGGCACAGCCUUGGUUGCUUCAUUUGUGGUGCUCACCCUGUCAGAUUGGGAUAUCCUAGGAUAUGCCCUAUCAGCUAUUCCGGUUGCUGCUCUGUUAGUUGUCUAUGUCGCCCUCAUACCCAGGACCGAAGACACUCGCUUUCUUCCGCGUAUUGAUAUCGAGGAAGCUAUUGUUCCUCUUUCGUUGCGGGUUGUGGUCAUCUUAGCUGCUGCCUUGGGCAUGCAAACUGUUGCAUUCGGUUUACCCAGCAAUGGUAUUACACUCAUGUUGUCAUUGGGCAUGGCCAAAGCUCUGUCUUGGUAUUUUACGACUCAAACGACUCGAUACACUUCUUGGUUAAUUGCCACUGCGAUAGCAACAUUCAGCAUCAUGUCCACCCGUGGCGACCAAUCUUCCGAAUUUCAGGCUUUUUCCCACGUCGUGGCUUCUUUACUUGCCCUCAGCCAGAUUAUCCACAUGCUUCCAGCAAAAGGCAGAUCGACCCUGUGGGGGUUUGCUCUUGUCCCUCUCGUCCCAUACAUGGCAAACGUCGUCGCCAUCAGAAUCGCACAAUCCUCAGUACCACCGGGUUUUGGCCACUCUCGGGAGCAUCCUGUUGAAGCUCUAGCCCACAUCGGAAAGUUCGAGUUCGAGGACCUAUUGCAAAGGCAGUCCCAAAACUACACAACUGCUCAUGAGGAAUAUCGACGUCGGUACAGCAUAGAGCCGCCACCAGGCUUCAAAGCCUGGUAUGAGUUUGCGGCAGCGAAUCAGUCACCCAUCAUUGACGACUUUGACGCCAUUUUCGACGCCAUCUCACCAUUCUGGAGACUUGGCGGUAAAGAGGUCGCUGAAAUAAUGAGUAAGGCGCAAAAUACCCCGGAUAGCAAUCUGUGGCUCUGUGCUUUCUCUGGCGAUCGUGCCACGACGCAGUGUAGCCACCCUCAUCGCACUUUCGACAGGCAUAUCUCACUCUUAUUCGACCACUUGCUGAUAGAUCUGCAUGGAACCCUUCCCGAUCUCAAAUUUCUCGUGAAUCACCUCGAUGAACCAAGGGUCCUGAUUCCGCCGCCGUCGUUGCAAGGAGGAGACAACUCCUAUGGUAAACGACAGUUCAAAGUGACGGACGUGUCAAGACGGCCUAGUUGGGAUGCAAUCACAAAGUUCUGUGGGUCUCAGCAGAGGGAUAGAAGUGCCCGAACUAAACACACAGUGGAAACCUUUGGUCUUCCGUUUGUCACAGAUCCCUUCUCAGCUAAGGACCUGUGUCGGCAUCCCGAGUACAGCAACAUGCACGGCCUCGUCAUGAGCCCUACGUCUUUUAGCCUGAUUAAAGGGUUAUUACCAGUACUCUCAACGGGUUCCCUUUCAACAAUGGGCGAUGUAUUGUUUCCAAGCCCAGCCUACAUCGAGUCUGAAUUUCGGUACGACGAGACACAAGACGUCGACUGGGACAAGAAGCACAACAAUCUUUACUGGGCCGGCUCUACUACUGGUGGCUUUGCUUUGGACGACCAGUGGAGAUAUUACCACCGACAGAGAUUUGUGAAGCUGGCACAAAAUUUGGGAAAACAGCAACAUUAUUACCUACGAGAAACAGGCGGUGUGGUCAGCCGCAUGCAAUCUUCAUUUCUAAACAGCAGGUUAUUCGAUGUAGCCUUUACCAAAAUCUUCCAAUGCGAGAGGAAGUACUGCAGAGACCAAAGUGCCUACUUCAACAUCAAGUCUUGGGCUGAUAAGGACCAAGCACUUCGCUCACGACUGGUGUUCGAUAUUGAUGGAAACGGUAUCAGCGGCCGGUACUACAAGCUACUUGCUUCGAAAUCGGUUCCGCUGAAGCAGACACUCUUCCGGGAAUGGCAUGACGAGCGCCUCGUGCCGUGGGUUCAUUACAUACCGGUUAGCCAGGGCAUGGAAGAGAUUCCCGAGCUGGUCUUUUACCUCACAUCAACUGAGGCUGGGCAGCAAAGGGCGAAGGAGAUCGCGGAAAGGGGUCGGGAGUGGUUUUCUAAGGCAUUUCGAGAUGUUGAUCUGAGCAUCUAUACUUACCGGCUGCUGUUGGAACUGGCGAGACUGCAAGACCCGGAAAGGGCAGCAAGCUGA